CUUAGCGAUAACCGUCUCCGGGGUUUUCGGUCCCGGAAUAUUGGGGCGUUGUGGGGAAGCGCAUCCGUACUUUUUGAUCUUGACAGUUGUACCAAUUCUUAUUUAGACUAAUUUCCUCCCCGUUUUGUUUUCAUUUCGGUGUAUCUACACAGGGUCGGGGGUCAGCGUCACCCGUGUGUUACUGUGGUAACGCCCCCUCCCUCCCGAGUGGAGGUUGUUGCGAUCUCGGCUCACGUUCUGUUGCUGUGGUGACCCGUCGGCCCCGCCGGCAGCACGCGCGCCGUUACCGGUUGCCCCCGCACCCGCCAUGGGCCACGGACUCAAGUGCGGGGUGGCCAUCUCCGUCUGCGCCGUCUUCAUGGCUUAUUGGUACCGGCAUCAGGUAGACGACGAGCUGGACUCGCGGCUGGAGACGGUGCUGUCGUCGCUCCUGAAAGCCGAAAGGAAGGUGGACCUGCACCGGCGGCCUCGAGUGGCAGUAGGUUUUGGAGGUUGUCUUGACAUUGUUGCAGAUGGAAUUGCUCUCUUAAAAAAAGCUGGCAUCAAACCAAGCAAGAAUCCAGUGCACCAUAAUUACAUCAUAUCAGAAGAACAGUUGGCAGAAAGCUUUGCAUACUUCUUUCCUGCUGGAGCUGCAUCCGAGCGCUUUAUUUCCAAUGUUACACUGUUUCGUAAACUGGUAAAAGCCACCCAAGGACUCCCUCGAGUACGAUGGUCGUUAGGUGGAAAUGCACCAGUCAUGGCAAAUCGUCUUGCAAAGGAAGGCUGUGAAGUGCUUAUGGGGAGUCGUCUAACACCUGACCUUAUUGCACUUCUUGAAGAGCACAUAACUGUUACAAGCAAGCCAGUAGAUGAAACUGACAUUCAUCUCAUCCUGGAAUAUUCAACUGGUUCCAAAUGGGGAAAGUUAGUGUCAAGAAGAGCAAACAGGUUCAUAGUCCACAGCGACACAUCCAAUCCUGUUUUGGAAUCACUGGAGGACUUUCAGGCUGAACUUAAACAGUUCAAUCCAUCUCUUCUAAUAGUUAGUGGACUUCAAAUGAUGGAUAACUUUCCAUUUAAACCAGGUCAACUUGGAGAGCGACUGAAGUUGCUCAAGGAUCUCAUGUUAUCAGUUGACAGCACCACUAGAAUUCAUUUUGAAAUGGCUUCCUUUGUGGAUGAUACUUUUAUGAACAAUCUUUUUACAAGCAUCAUUACUCAUGUAGACUCCCUAGGAAUGAAUGAACAGGAGUUACCCAACCUGCUGAGUAUGUUAAAGGGGGCCAACAUCACUAUCAUAUCUGAUCCAUAUCCACGAGUGGCAAGUAUACUUGAUCAAAUGCGUGAAGUUUAUCGCAUCUUAAAUUCUCAGGAGAUAACAAGUACACAACGCAAGCUCACGCGGCUGCAUGUUCAUACUCUUGCUUUCCAAGCAAUCAUUAUUGCCAAAGGGUCCUUUUGGAGGAACACCAUGUCAGCAACUGCCAAAGCUUCAUUAACUGCAAAUCGACACGUUUGUGGCUCACCAGAUAUUGAUCCCAACAAAGCCAAGUUGAUCAUGGAUGAUUCUUUUUCUGUGAGCCGUGUGCAAGGGAGUAAGAAAAUUCCACUCAAAGAAAAUCGACCUGUUUCUUGCUGGGAAGAGUACGAUUAUGAGAUCUGUGUUGCUCCGGUGCUGGUAUGUACUGAGGUGUAUCAGACUGUAGGUGGUGGUGACAAUAUUUCUGCAGCCAGCCUGGUUCUUCAGAUCUAGUCAUCUCUCUGGUUCUAAGAGAACUUGCAUGCUUUUUAAUUGUUGCAUUCUACUUUCAUGAACAUGGUUUAUGAAGAUAUUAGCUGCUUGUUUCUUUCAAUCAACAUCCUCUCGCCAUCUUUAAAAAAACUCGGUAGAUCUGCCUGUUGUUUACAUUAUUCUCAUGUAGUCAACAAUCAGGGUUCUAGGCAUUGUUUAAUACACAAGUAAUUAAAUAUCAAUUUUAGAUGAUUUUGUAUAUACCAUUCACUCUCUAGUCCUGAAUAGUUUGGAGAAAGAUCUUGAGCCUUUUCCUCACCUUUUUUGAAUAAUCUUAGCUGAGUAAUUAAGUCAGGACACAUUCCUUGUGGAUCUCAGCAAUUUUUUUUCCAGGGGAAGUGGUGGAAGAAAUAUUCCUAUCUCUAACCAGCACAUCAUUAUGGUGAUUGGUGCAAUGCUAACAAAUCUAUCUUCAGUUCAUAUUUAAGUACUCCGUUGUUGUCAAAAAUUCAUCUGAGAAGUCUGUGAAUUUUCUUAGUGCAAAAUGGUGGUUUUAUCUUCUAAACAGUUUAAGAUGUAUAUCUUGCACUUUUUUCAGAUCCCCAGUGGUGCAUCUGUCAAAUGCUUUUACUGUAGUUUACAAAAUGUGAAGAGUAGACAAGCUUUCACCAUUCUUUCUAGAUUAGUAUUUUGGCCCAAGUCAUCUCAACACUACCAUACAUUUUAAUUUCUGUGGCGACUUAUGAUAGCUGUAGUUUUCAUGGAAAAAUGACAACUGUUUGCAAAAGCAGUAAAAUGAAGUCAUUGGUCUCCCUAACUCCAUUCUAUCAAGUUGUGCCUGAUGCUAACUGAAGCAGCAUCUCCAUAUUAUUAACUCAAUUUCUCUGGGGACACUAAUCAUUGCCUUUCAUAGCAGCUGGAGAUCAGCUAAUUCUCACAACUUAACAACUUAAACACAACCUGUAAUCAUUAAGUAUCUUCCCUUUUGUUCAAUCUAACCACUUAACUGAGCCCUGCAGAUUUCCAUUUAAAACACUUAACUUAAAACUUAAAUCAGAUUUGAAUUAAAAGCCUUGUUAGAGGCUUCUACCAUUCAACUCUUCCAAUGCAGUUCCGUAAAUUUCCUUGCUUGCUGAUUAUUUUCAACAACCAAAAGAUGUAAGAACAUCCUAAAUCAUUAAAAUUAAUAAAAGAAAAUGUACAAAGUUACCAUAGUUAUGUGAAUUCGCAUUCAAUUCGAAAGCUUAAAUUGUGUUUGACAUGUUAUUAAAUUGGGAACAAAAAUAACUGUAUUAAUCUAAGAAAAUAACAUCUUGUAAUAUUUGUAUAGGAAAGGAGCAUGCAAGGAAUUGUUUAAAAAAACAUCUGUGUUGGUGAGGGACAUUUUUUGGAUUAAGUAGUGAUGGAAGAGGAUUUAUUAAUCCAAAUUAAAAUGAAGAAAAUAGACAGGCUAUAAAGUGGCCAUUUCAUCAUAUGAAGCAACAGAUGAAAGCUGUAAAAAUAAAUCUCCUUAGGUCUACAAUGGCUAAAAAGUUCAGUCCUACAAAGAAUUGAAGAGUUUGGGUGGAAAAUUAGGAAAAGCUGGCUUUGAUAAGACUGUGGUGCAGCAUUUCCAAUGAGUUCUGCAGGAACACCCCAAUCAGGCUAUAUUAUUCUAUUUUAAAAUUGUUAUCACUGAAUAUUUUUGCAUCUUAAAUUAAAUCACUAACUCUCCUUGAUAAGUUAUUGAAAUGAGCAUUAAGUAUUAAAAUAUCAAAAACCUUAUACUUUUUGAAAUUGAUACAAGUUCCUUUUCCAAAAAUGGCCAGUAAAGUUCUCAUUGUUUGACAUUAGCUCAGAUUCCAUUUGCCGAUACACAUGAUGAAACUGAUGGCUGCGUCAAUUUCCUUUCAAGCAGGCAAGCAAAGCAAAACCACAGUUGUUGUUAACGAUUUAUUCUUCCUGUCGAGGACUGUUCUGAUUUACAGUCUUUUACUAUCGGAACAGAGGGAAAUUGGUUGAAUUUUUUAAAAUUUAAAGUUUGUGAUAAAUCCAUAAUGUCAAAUGCCUUGAUGUAGUUGUUUGUUGCAGGAGGUUAAGUGAACUUAAAGUAAGCUAUAAUUAUUAUGUUCUCUGGUUGUUAAGAUUCCCAAGUUAUAUUUAUAAUUAUUUUCUGUCACACAAAUAUUUCAAGGAAUGUAAAAUUUAAUGUAAUUUCAACUGUGAUCUUACACAUGUAUUUUCCGGACUUUAUUUUGCCCUGUGAUAAGUAUUUGUGCUUUCUCCUGGUUGGUGGUCUGAAAAUUCAAUAUUGCAAUUACCUGCUUGUCCAGCUUCAGUAACAUCACUGCCAUUAGGUUCUCUGGGAUUCCUAUUACAGGACACCAUAGUGCCAUCUUUAUUAGAUUGGUGAUAAGUACAGUAGUCACUCAGGAGGAUUGCAGAGUCUGAGCCAAUAUUUAAAACUUGUAUGGAGGAAGUGGGUAAAUGGUGUUAAGGCCAAGACCAAAGCAACAAUAAUCUUGUUGAAAUGAUGCAGGAAUGCAGAACCUAAAUGGCUUAUUCUUUUGUUUCCCAAGUUCUAAUGUACUGAUUUCUCCUUAUUCAGGAAAACUUUUUUUUUAGUGUGAUCAGUGAUGUUUUUUUAUUGACAGUGAUGAUUGUAUUUGGAGUUUUGAGGACAUGAAACCUGAAAAAAUCUUUUUCCUUAAUUUGUUUUAGUCAAACAGCAAUGCAAUUUAAAGUUCAAAUCCAUUUCUCAGUCUGUGUGAAAUUUUCUUUGGUGAUUCAGAUUAACUCAAAUUGAGAUUAUACUGAUUCGGAGCAAUAUAAUUAUUACAUAUUAUUUUCCACCCCACCACCACAAGCUAACUAUUAAAUAAAAUUUCAGACCGGAGUUGAUUUAGAGUUGGAGCAAGCUAUAAAUGGUAUAGAGGUAUAGAUAAUGAUGUAGUGAGAUGGUGUAAUAUUAUUUACGUACACUGUAUUAGUGUAUUAAGCUCGUUAGGAUAGAGUAAUAGAGAUAAUGGGUAAAGAAAACAAAGAUUAACCUAAGUGAGCACAAUCAUUUUAUGACAAAUCUUUAAGUGGCAUGCAGCCAAUAUUAUCAUUGUGCCCCUUUGGAAUUUGAGCUGUGAGGUCGCAUUGAUACAGUACUGGAAAAUUCACUAUUCUGGUAAGUGGACUUGCUAGAUUCAACAACUGUUGAGCACCAUGUGUACAUCAUUUGUUGUUACUCGUGAGGUUUUCGUUGUGCUGUCAAAUAAGUAUAUAAAAUCAUUACCCGUGGCUUCCACAUUCCCCCUUUGACUACCAUUCAAAUAUAUGCAAAUUUUUGUUUUGUAAUAAUUAACUCAGGACUAGUUUCAAAGAAACCAAUAGGCAAUGAAGGUUUUUGCUUGUGUUAUCACAAAAGACUUAUAUGAUUAGAAACCGGUGCAAGAUUGCUACAAACAAUUUUGAAAUGCUCAGAUUUCUCAUGCAGUAAAAGUAACAGUUGCAAACUCAAUUUGUGCAUUUUCCAAUGUUUCUUUCACUAAAUGCAGUGAAUAUGUAAAAGACCCUCUCCAUCUAGUAUGCAUGGUACCAAGAAUGAAAAUGUGUAUUUUGUUUUCAAUGAAAAGUGAGCCUUGUGGAUGUGAAGUUUAGAAAUAACCUUCUUUUAAAGCUUUGUUUUUUUCCCUUAUUUGUUGAAGUGCAAAUUGUUCUGAACUGUCUAUUGCUAGUUAGCUUAUCAUUGAAUUCUUUCCAACUUACUGCAGUAAUUGAUUUCCAAUGAUCCAUUCAUUCUACUGCCUCUGGAUUGAACAUUUAUUUUUACUGAAAACAGACCAAUACCGUCCGUACAAAAAGAAUGUAUUCAAAAUACAAAUAGCUCGAGGAACAGAAUCUCAUCUUCCAUUAAGAUUCAACAUUGACAUCAAUAAUAUUUAGAUGGCUAAGCCUUUCAAAAUGGUAGCUGAAGUGGCUCAUAAACCUAACUCUUUACCUCUCUGCAGAUGCUGCCAGACCUGCUGGUUAUUUCAAGCAUUCACUCUUUGAAAUCUCAGUUUCAGCAGGUUUCACCACCACCACCCCCCCGCCCCAUCCUCAUUCAUACCUUCUAAUUAGAUAAUUUCCAAUUAAUAAGCAUUCUACCUGACCUGCUGGCAACACCACCUUUUGAAAUACUCUAAUUUAUUCUCCGUCCUAUUACAACCUUCUCUUUUUCUCAGCAGCAUUAAAUCAAGUUGAUUUUCUGGCUCUUUCUAAUUCUGAAGAAAUGCUAUUAACCUUCGGUGUUGAUUGUUUUUCCCCUCCACAGAUGCUGCCAGACCUGCUAAAUAUUCUUUUCCAUUUCAGAGUUUGCUUUUCCUUUAUCUCAUGAUUACUAAUCAGAUCUUCAGAUUUACUUUGCUGGGGGGAGGAGAAAUUAUUCUAGUAGUUUCUCUAAUACUAUAAUACAUUCCAGCUUGUCAACAGCAGGCAGUGAAUCUUCUAAAAUUAUCAAGCUUGCUCUAGUGCACAUAAGCUCAAUAGUUGCUUAUUCUUCAGCCAGGUACUGAAUUAUUGCCCAGUGACCGAGGAUCUGAAACAUUGAGGUACCCUAUUACGCUUCUUGAAUAAAGGAUAUUUGAGCUCAGAGUUCAGUUGAAACCACUAAAUAAACUCAAAUUUCCUUCUCUAAAAUAGGAUAGCCAGAAGACAGUAAGGCAUACUGUUUUUAUGAUUGAUAAAGGCUGAAUGUUGGGAAAUUCUUUGGAAGAAUUACAACUUUAAAAAAAAUGUGAAUUUGUUUCUUGGCAUGAUAAAAAUUGUGAAUUAAUUACAAACUGUUAGCCGUCAUUAAAUGUUCUUGUUUUGAUUCUUCUCAUUUGAGAUAUUGUACUUAUUUUAUUGUACAAGAAUUUCUUUCCAAUAAAAUACUGAAUUUUUUAUUGUUUACUUUUUAAACUGUAGAUGAGUAAUUUCUGGACAAUUUGCAUGGUAUUGUGACACUCUUGCUUUCACAAUUUUUAAAAUUUGGUGACUGAGAUGCUGGUAAAAAUUUGUCAUUAGAAACCUAGCUACACUUGCAGGUACACAAUUCUGAGAUAGGAAGAAGCUACCAUGGGGAGAAAAGGAUAUAGGUUUAAGGAACUAAGUAAGAGGUUUUGAAACUACCUGAGGAAGAAUUUCUUUUUUUCCACCCAGAGAACCAUAAUGGAGAUUUUUUUCCAGAAAUUUGAUCCAUCAGUACUUUUAUCAAUACACAGGAGGGGUAUCAAAGACCAAAGCAGUGAUGCCCUUUAGAAUUCUGGUGACUGGAUGGAUCUUGAAGGUCUCCGUGAUUGUUUCCCCAUCUCUCACUGUUCUUGGUUCCUUCAACAAAUGAGGCACACUUUCAUGCAGAACAUUAAAUGAUGAGCAAAAAGCUUCCUUUGCUUUUGAGCUAAAGUAAUUCAAAAGUCAUCACUGCUGAUCUGGGAGAGCCAUAACCAGACAUUAAGGGUGGGAUCCAGUACCAGAAUGACAGUGCUUGGUUUUUAAAAUCUGAUCUAUUUAAGGAAUACAUAGCAAUACCAAUCUGAGGUAGAAGAACUAAAUGAGAAGGUGAUUAUUGGCUGAAUGGUUCUACUUUUUUCCAGAGGAUAAGCUUAUCAAAUAGAAUUCUGGAGGUACUGACAAAUUAGUUGAGUUUCAGUAAGUGAGCCACAAAGGUAGCACUCAUUCUGGCAAAUGAAUUGGAUCUCCUGAAGGAUCAUUCACACUUAACAAUUUCUGAACUGACUGAGGUUCUUGUCCUAAAAGAGUGAGAAUUCUAAUCUAAAGAUUCUAAGAAAUCUAACAACUUGUGUGCCAAACUGUAAUUGCAGUAUACCUACUUAUUUCAGUUUUCCUUGCACUCCCUCAUCUUGGUUAGAUGGUUUCUUGAUCUCUGUGAAGAUGAAGUACCUGUUGGCAAUAUUAUAGUCCAUUGGGGGGGAGGGGUCUAAAUGAGAAAGGGAAAAUAAAGCAGAUUUUUACCAUGUUCUUUAAUUCCAUUCUUAAAUAUAUUAAGGUUUCAUGAAAAUUCCACUAAGUUCAGAACCACUGUUCCAAAUUUCUAUGCUUAAAGUCUUUUUCUUUGCAACAUCAUUAACAGUGUCAGCACCACUGUUGAGGAAGACUAUAUCUCAGAAACUAUAUUCUGCACCUGCUGGAAAUCUUUAGAAACAGCCAAUGUUGGGGAAAUCGUGUCAGGCAGCAUCGAUGGAGGGAAAUAAACCAUUGACAUUUUGGGCUGAAAUUCUCCAUCGGGACCAGAAAAGGAAGGGAACCGAAGCCAUAAUAAAGUGGUGUGGGGAGGGGGAAAAGAAGUACAGCUAAGAUAGGGGUGUGUGGUGGUAAGUGGAAGAGCUGUAGGAGGAACAUGAUAGGAGAGGACAGUGGACCAUGGAAUGAAGGGAAAGAGGUAGGGAAGCUGAAGGGAAUAAUGAGCUGGGAGGCCAAAGGAAGAGAGUGCCACCAAAAUGGGAGAAAUGCAGAGGAGAGGAGAAGAUGGCAGCGCGACACAGCGCGCAGCAGCCACUCUGGUGAUGAAUAUCUGUUAUCUGUCAAGUAGGGGGCCGUGCACAAUCCUGAUUUGAUGGAGGCAGAUGUGACAGCAUGGAGGAACAUCUGGUGAAACUUCUGAAAUGCCUGUUUUGCUGCCGCUGCUACUGUGUGAUCCAGAAUCUCUGGAGGGGAAGGCCCCGAGUCCUUGGCUUUGCUUGUCGCUCGGCGGCCGGGGCGGGGUCGAAGCGCUCGGUAGAGAUGGUGCUCAGUGUCGGAUGGGUGGUCGGAGGCUUGAAGUUUUCAGAUGGACUCAAAGUCGGCUGUGGUCAGGUGCUUCCAAUGGUGUUGCAUCGGCAAGUUUGCAGUGCUGGAGGUUCAUAGCAGGCAGAGGUUCUCCCUUCUACCGUCUGCAUGAGAUGAUGGCCUAUCUGGACGUUGAGACUUUUUUUAUCGUGCCUAUGGUCUGCUCUUUAUCAAAUUACGGUAUUGCUUUGCACUGUUGUAACUAAUUAUGUGGUUUUUUGUCAGUUUUAGUCUUGGUCUGUCCGGUGUUUCUGUGAUAUCAUACUGGAGGAACAUUGUAUUAUUUCUUAAUGCAUAUAUUUCUAAAUGACAAUAAACGAGGACUGAGUGUCCUCAUAAUCUAAAAAACAAAAACAGGGAGGGGGCAUGUAAAAAUAGAGUGGACUGGUUACAGGAACUUAGAGAAAUCAAUGUUCAUGCCGUCAGGUUGGAGGUAACCCAAACAAAAUAUGAUGUAUUUCUCCUCCAACCUGUGUUUAGCUUCAUCAUAGCAGAAGAGGCCCUAGACGUAUUGGUGCAGGAAUGACAGAUUGAACUGAAAUGGGUGGCCACCAGCACAUGCUAUCUGUUGUGGCAGACAGAACAAAGAUUCUUGACGAAGCAAGUCAGUGUUGGGACUCACCGAUGUACAGGUGGGAACAAUGG